UAGAGAAGAAGUCGCUAUUUCCGUGGUCCCGAAACACGCGUGGUAAAUAGUCCAGGCGGUUGUUCGCUUGUGUGUUACGCGAAAAUGGGUAAAACAAAGAAAGCUCGCAAUCGCAACAAGUUUAAUUACAAUGCAAACAAAAAGAAACUGAAAAGGAAGAUGAGAAGAAAGGAAAAACCGCAAAUAGAAUGUCCUCAGAUACGUAAAGCUUGGGAUGAACACAAAACAGUAAAACAAAAUCUACAAGACAUGGGACUGUCACUUGGGACAAAGGGUAUGCUUCCUAUUAAAAACAAAAAGGAUAUGGGAAGUAAACCAGCGGAGACAAAGGUAUUGAAGCCCCACGUCAUUGAAGCAAUGGAGGUAGAGGCCAGUCAGCGUGGUGAGGACAGAACCACAUGCUCCACUGACAUGAUGGAGUAUGUUCAAUACAUGGUGAAGGAACACAAUGAAGAUUACAAGGCAAUGGCAAGGGAUGAAAAAAACUACUAUCAGGACACACCGAAGCAGAUUAAACGCAAAGUGGAAUUAUACAAACGUUGUCAUCCUAAGGAAUAUGCUGCAUUCAUUGCGUCUCUGCAAACUCAGACGUCUAUGUGAUGUCACAGCGAAGAACUGGUGUCUUAAACUAAUGGUCAUAAUGUCACCGCAGUGUCUGUCAAGUGUGUAUACACAGAGAUUCUCAACCGUUUAUUUUCUACUAUGACAACUUUCUUAAAGAAUGUUAACUUUUAAAUGGUGUGUUUAUGAAUCUAGACGGUAUCUUCCAAAUUACAAAAAAUGUACAUUUGGUAAAUUCUGAUUUAUUAAUGGGUAAGUUUAAUGCAUUUUGGCCAAAAUAUUCAAUACACAGGAGUGAAAACAACUCUUCAGUGCAGUGCAACAUGAAGAAAAAAAUCUGGGUUCAGUGAAAGUUUAGCUAGUUUUUUUUUUUUUUUUUUUUUUGAAGAGGGGUAUGACAUUUUAUUUUAAACAUUCAUUAUUUAUUAUUAACUUUGUAAAGGUGCUACAUUAGCAUUACAUUAGCAAACUAUCAGUACAAAACAUCUGUUGUUCACUGUCAGUAGUGAAGUAGUGCACAAAGAAGUCCAUUUUAAACCGAGCAGUAUUCUGCUGGUGCAAAUUUAGUGUGGGCAAUGCAAACUCAACUUGAAAUAUGCAUGCAAAAAUGUGAGCAGUAGAUUCCUACUGAAAUGAGUUUUUUGUCCAAAAUUUCAUAGAGCGACUUUAAAUGUGACCGCACCUGAUAAUAACAUAAAGUAAUUAUUGCACCAUUAAAGUAAUAAAUAAUGUUUUAAAUGAUAGAUUUUGUGUGGUGGGGACAACCAACGAGUCAGAUAUUGUUUGUGUUCUGUUAUGCCAAUAAUGCUGUGUAUAGAGCUGAACCCAGAACAUUGAUUUAAGACACAAUAAUUAGAGAUUUGUUCAUGUUUGCACUGUAGUAGUGCUUCUGUAGACAUGGUUGUUGCUUCAUAAACUGUUUCUUAGAAAUGUCACAUGCUACAUGCUAAAUAAAAUGCUCAUGACUGGUUGUGUA